GAUAUCCUCCUGGUCGAAAUGAAGUCAGGGCCUGAGCCGGAACGUUCACAUCAGAGCAGCUGUGCAACAUUGAAUGAAAUAUGAUUGACUUACCAGAUUCAUCAACAAUGAAACCAGGCACAGAGACAGAUGCAUUAGCUAACAAAGACUUGUAGUUAAAUACCUGAAUAACUGAGCAUUAUUAAACGCAAUGAUAACUUUUUUGAUUUUUCUUUUAUUUCAGCCUAAAUUGUGAAAUCCGCCCCCAAAUGAAUAAAUGAAUCAAUGACAUGUGGCUGGAAUUUCUCGUGGAAUUAUCAAAUUCAGCAAAGGAUAGAUGGACGAAGCUAUCCGCUUGUGUUACCAUCGCUCGGUCUCUUGUCUCAAUCGGAAGGCUUAAAUCAGGCAAAACCCCUAAAAGGAAGAGGGAAUGCAAAGGAUAAUAAAAGCCAAAGCAGCUGACCAUUGGGGAUGGAAAGUUUAUGGAUGGUCUGGCUGCCGUUUCUUUGUUUGAUCUGUUCUGCUAAAUCUUUCUGUCCCGAGCAAUGUGACUGCCACCAUCAGAACCUCCUCUGCACAAAUCGAGGUCUCCGCACUGUUCCGGAAAUCCAGCAAAAUGCUGCGGACGUCCUGACUUACAGCCUAGGGGGCAACUUUAUCAGCAAUGUCUCGGACUUCGACUUCACUCAUUUUACCAGGCUGCUUCGGUUGGAUUUACAGUACAAUAAGAUUCAGCAUAUUCACCCAAAAACUUUUGAGAAACUUUCGAGACUGGAGGAGCUGUACUUGGGUAAUAACAUAAUCUCGUGCAUACCUGCCAAUGUUUUUAAUGAUCUCCGGAGACUGAGGCUUUUAAAUAUGAAUAACAAUAGUCUGAAGAAGCUAAAUCAAAAUAUCUUUUCACAUCUAGUUAAUUUAAUUAAGUUGAGACUUGACGGGAACUCUUUGGAAAUUUUGCAGGAUGCAGUUUUUAAACAUUUAGGAAACCUUCUUUACCUGCGGUUAGAGUCGAACAAGAUCCAUACCAUCAGCGGGAAUACUUUUCUGAAUUUAAGGAAGCUUACCUAUUUAAACCUCGCCAGGAAUAACCAGACUUCCAUACACGACAGUGCCAUGUUUGUACACCUGAGAUCACUGACCACUUUGAUCCUUGACGAAAAUAAUAUCAAAUAUCUCGGAAAUCGAGUUUUCCAAAUGCUGCAGAAACUCUCCAGACUGUCUCUUAGCAAGAACAAAAUCUCUUACAUUGCCACUGAAGCCUUUGGAGGCCUGAGUGGACUGAGGGAGUUGUUUAUCAAUGGCAACCUACUGAGAGAAAUCCCAAAUAAACUGUUGAACCCUUUAGAGAAGUUGGAACAGUUAGAUCUCAGUCAAAACCACAUCACCAGUGUCCAUCCACAGGCAUUUAAACAGUUAAUGGCUCUCAAGGUGCUAAAACUGAAAAGCAAUCGCCUGACCUAUUUACCUGGAGAAAUCUUUGUGUUUAGCAACUCCUUAUAUAGCCUCGAUUUGAGUGAUAAUAACUGGACGUGCAACUGCCAGCUCAAAGGCUUAAAGCGGUGGAUGAGCUUGGCACAUGAUCAAGGAAGGCUGCUCACUAUUUUUGUUCAGUGUAAUAGCCCCCCUGUUUUGAGUGGAAGGUAUCUUGAUUACUUGACAGACUCAGAGAUGCAAGCUGCAGGCAGAGCUGACCUCUGUCACUCCCAUAAGGCACAGUCUUUGUCAAACUUUUCUAAAGGUGCUCUAGAUGACAUGGCAUUGUCCAUGGGCCAACUCGAUGUUCAGUCCGAUCAAGAGCGUUCCCCAGAUCCAGACAAAAUGCAGACUGAAAAAUACGUGCACCAGCAAGAAAUCGACCAUCGGCGGAAGCCACCUUCUUUACCGACAAUGGUUUCCAACCUACUGCCUAAAAAUAAGCACACCAUUCUACCACCUCAACCAACCAGAGAAGUUACAGUCAGUCCGAGCCUGGGAAGUGUUGGAGAAGCUCCACAAUCACAGACCAUGGCACGGGACACCUUGGAAGUCUUUACUCCUUACACUACUCUCCUGGUCUCAUCCAAAUCGGAGCGUUAUUAUCUCUUAAAAUCUAAGGACAAGUUGGUGCAGAAGCCCCUGAUAACGGACCCAUGUGAGUUUAAUAAGUUCUACAUUACCAACCUAACAGUAGAUGAGGUCACCUCAUCAACUGCCACUAUCAGAUGGAAGGUAGCACACCCUGGCUUCAGAAAUGCUGUGCAUUUUCGUGUGCUCUUUGACAGGUUUGGUCAAUCAGUGACAUUUCAUCGCUUCAUAUAUGUCAAGGAUAGAUUGGAAUGGGUUACUCUGAGAGAACUGCGGGAGGAGACUCCUUAUAUUGUGUGUCUGGAGAGUGUCAUCUCUGACCAUGUGUGCCAGGUGGCUUCGCGCGAUCACUGCCUGGGGGUCCUCACCUUGCCUCUAAAGAAAGGUGCCCUUGAUGUGCAGCAUUUUAUUUUGAUUUUAUCUGCUGCCAAUGCUUUCCUGGUUUUCCUAGGACUCACAAUUUGGAUGUCCAGAGUACUGAGAAAACUGCGAAGGAAAAGAGCCCCAGUUAAUGUGCGACGGAUGUACUCCACACGGCGUCCACUGCGCUCCAUGGGCUCUGGGGUUUCAGCAGGAGACUGUGGAGGUUUCCAGUCCAACAGAUCACGAUCAGUCAUGUAUCAACUCAAUGAGGCUGACCUGAUGGACUUCCAGUCAGAUCGGCUCAUGGACAUCAAUUUAAGGAGGGAAGACAUUGGGCAACGAUAUGCUGAUUAGUGCUCAUAGCCAAGAAAGCCAUUGCAUGUGAAUGGUAAAACAAAAAGGAAAAUAACCCUUUUACUGGAUCAUCCUGAGAACAGGAUCAUCCUGAUUGGCCAAGAAAUACUCUAAACUGUGCAAAAACCCAGAAUUUUCCUGGAGUGCCUUGUCUUUCUAGUCUAAUAGCAAUGACAGUUUCAAAGGUGUCUGCUAAUUUUGGCUUGAUAAAGAAAGAACCUACAUUGAUAAAGUGCCUUCAGGAUGCCCUAAGGCACUUCACAGCCAAUGAAAAACCUUUUAAAUGCAGUCACGAUUGUCACGUAGGGAUACUUCAGCACAAGGAUGGAAUAAGUAACCAAGAAAUCCUUUUUUAUGAUGUUGGUUGUGGGACAAAUAUUGGUCAGGGCACAGGAGAACUUGCCCAGUUCUGCUUUGUAAAGUGUCAUGGCGUCUUUUCCAUCCACCUGAGAGGGCAAUCGUAGCCUCAGUUUAAGUUCUGACCUGAAAAGUAGCAUCUCAGACAAUACGUGGCUCCGUCACUACUGCACUGGAGUGUCAGCCAAAAUUUAUGGCCCAAGACUGUAAAUGGGGCUUAAACCCAUAAAUCUUCUGACUCCAAAGAAAGAGUGCUACCAUUGAGUCAAGUCUGACAGUAAGAUAACCACAAUUUGGUUUGCCCUUGGUCAAAACCAGUCCAUCAAACUGAAACUAAGUCUGCCUAACUUUUUAUUCAUUGUUAUCUUUCCAGUGAAUUAUCAUUUUUCAUAAUACACUGUAACCUCUCCAGCCCGGAAUGCUUGGAGCCAAGUCAUUUCUAGAUUUCAGAAUUUUUUGGAUUAUGGAAUGAUUAUAGAAUGCCUAACCACUGGAAAAUACCAUAAGUAUAAAUAUAUGCCUGAAACAUAAAAUAGUGAUAAGCCAUUAUAAAGCAGUAAUAAAAAUUGUUUGACUUAUCCAAAUACUGUAUUUUCCAUGUUUCUGCUCCCACAAUAUUGCACUAAAUAAUGGCAAUGAACUCAAGAGAAUGCUUGAGUCUACUCAAAAAACUCCCAGACAACUGGUGUUUCUGAAUAAUACAUUUCCAGACUGAGCAGGUUACAGUGUGAUGUAAAGGGUACUUUCAAGCAAUUUGCAAAAUUGAUCAUUUUAGAGAUGUAUUUCAGAGGGUGUAACUCCUGUGUAACAAAAAAGUAAUGCGUGGCCAUUUUUAUAAUGCAUAUUUUCCCACAAUAUUUUUUUUCUCAGGAUUGGCUGUAACCAAGUGGUGAAAUAAUUUUAAUUUACAAAAUGCACAAUUCCUUCAAUGAUUCAUCUCGUUUCAAGGGCAAGCCAAUGAACUUGCCUUAUCUGACAUUUUUCUGCCUAAUUAGAGGUUUUUAUCCCAUUGAACUUGAAUGAAUAGUAUUUCUAUGUAUAAAUUAGUAAUUGUGAUGUACUUUAAAUGCAUAUACACUGUAUUGCCAAAUUCCCACAGAAUGUGUAUGUAUCGAUUUAUCUAUGUAUCCAUCCACAUAACUGUUUUCCAAAGAUCUGUCAUAUUUCAAAAUAUUGUAAGUAUAAUAAAAAGAAAAUAAAUAGU